ACCUCCGGAGGACGACGAUGGGAAAGAGUCUUCCCCGCAGAACGAUGCCAGACCUAAAGCGGCGAAUUGGCAGUAGGACGCAAACUCUAUCCCUGAUUGCGACAACGAGCCCUCGAGAGGCAAUCAGAACGAACCUCCUCGUGCCUCGGGGAAAAACCAGGCAAGUCGGACGGUCACCGGCAGACAAAGACGGGCCUAGUUGGGGCCGGCCGGAGUGGCCAACCUCCGUGGUCGGGAAAGAUUGCUGUGCCGGGAAGGCCCCUCGUCGUCAUUCUGUCACAAAAGCUCUCGCCUCUCGACUAUCGACUCGAGCGAAUGCCAAAACCCCGAGGGCGACGGGCAGCCAGGGUUUUGGUUCUGCUGUGUAGCCUUCGCGUCACGGAGGUGGAGCAUUGCUCGCGUUCGGCAAUCGUGAGCAUCUCCUUCCGCCAUCUUGCCUGCGGAGUGGAGUCCGCGCUGCAGGUCAAGAAGAUCCGCGGACGUCGUGAGAGGGGGAAGGAUGAAGAAAGAGAAGAAGCAGAAGACGGAGAAGAAGAGCACUGGUCCAGCGAUGAAGAAGGGAAUUUCGAAAUCCGUCAAGGACAAAAGGACGCUCAAUCCAGCCGCUGUUUUGCGGAAGAAAUACGAGAGAGGAGCAGGACCUGCGUUGAAGGGAAUCACCGACAAAAAAUUGAAAGGUCAGCUGACUGUUAAAGAAAAGCUGUAUGGAGAAGCGGCCAUCACUGCUGCUCAAACAGAGCAGUGGCUGCUUCCUAGUGAAGGAGGAUAUCUGGAAGCGGAGGGUCUUGAGCAAACUCAGCAUUUUACUCAAGAAACUAUUGUCAAGGAGGUGGACAUCACGAGUGCUCGCAAAGCAUUUGACCUCCAGCUGCAAGAUUUAGGGCCAUAUACUCUUGAUUAUAACAACAACGGCAAAUACCUGGUCAUCGGCGGUCGGAAGGGACAUCUUGCUAUUAUGGACUGGAAGCAGUCUAAACUCAUUACGGAACUUCAGGUCAUGGAGACAGUCAGAGAUGUCAAGUUUCUGCACAACGAACUCUUCUUCGCUGUUGCUCAAAAGAAAUAUGUAUACAUCUACGAUAAACAAGGUGUGGAGGUGCAUUGCCUUAGAGAUCACAUUAGCCCACUCAAAUUGGAGUUCCUACCGCACCACUUUUUACUGGCCUCCACGGAUAAGGCCGGAAUAUUGCGAUACCAAGACACAAGCACUGGACAGAUGCUAUCGCACAUGCGUACUCAUUUGGGACGUUGUGGGGUGCUCCGCAUGAACCCGUAUAAUUCGGUCGUCGGAUUAGGUCACAACAAUGGUACUGUGACAAUGUGGAGUCCCAACAUGCCGAAUCCACUCGUCUCCAUGCUAUGUCAUAAAGGACCCGUAACCGCCAUUGCCUACGACACAGAAGGACGCCAAAUGGCUACAUCUGGUAUCGAUGGGAAAGUGAAGAUUUGGGAUGUACGCAAAUUUUCUCCUCUGCAUUUCUACUUUGCUCCAACCGCUGCCAGAUCGCUGGAUAUAAGUCAAAAGGGACUCCUCGCUGUCAGCAGUGGAUCUGGCGUCCAAAUAUGGAGGGACGCGCUGACCGCGAAGCAGAGCAAACCCUACAUGGCUCAUCGGGUGUCAAAAGGUUCUCAAGUGCAAGAUCUAGCUUUCUGCCCAUAUGAGGAUGUGCUAGCUAUUGGACAUGGGAAUGGAAUAUCGUCCAUUUUAGUUCCUGGUGCCGGAGAACCCAACUUCGACUCUUUCGUAUCAAAUCCUUACGAAAGCUUGAAGCAACGACGUGAAGGUGAAGUACACAAACUCCUGGACAAGUUGCAGCCAGAGAUGAUUGUUUUGGAUCCAGAACAGAUUGGUGCAGUUCAGCGGUCGGCUUCUGAGAACCAGUUGUCCAAGGACAUGCUAGCCAAGGAAGCAAAUGAUGCAAUAGCUGAGAAGUUGGGCUUGAAAGUGAAGGAGAAAAAGAAGACCAAGGGAAGAAACAAAUCCAGCAAGAGAGUGCGCAGGAAAGAUUCUAAUAUAGUUACUGUCAAGAGAGCUUUGAUUGCCGAGCAGCUGAAGGCUGAUCGCAAGGCCCAGGGCAAAGAGGCUGCCCCAUCCGCUGUCUUGCCACGGGCACUGGAGCGUUUCAAGCGCUAGUAACGAAGGCAGGUUCAUCGAGAAUUCUACAUUUUGUACAAAAACGUCGUCAAAGAUCGGCGAGCGCACUCCGGAAUUUUGUCACAUGCAGGCCUGGUUCCAACUAGUUGGCCUUCAGAGCUGUCUUUUGGGACCUUCUCCUUGAUAGUUGAUCUUAACGUGUGGACUUCUGCUGGUUCCGUCAGUUACUUCGGAUUAUGAGGUGUGGGUCUUCACACAGUUGGCUGUUUCGACGACGAGCCUUGACGAUUGGAUAGUGUUCUCGAAGAGAACAAGUCUCCAUCUCGCGGCAUAUGAGCUCGUGUGUUGCUUCCAAAUGCACCCUUUGCGGGUGGCAUGUUUCAUGUAAAGACGAACCGAUGUCAGUCUGAAUGUUUAAACUUGACAUGUGCAAAGAUUCAAUCUACUAUGUUGGCGUCUUAAUGCCGCCGCCGCCAGCUCGUUUACUCUGAGGCGAGUGGCGUCUGGUCGUAGGUUUCCUCAGUACGGUGGCAAGAUCAGUAUUUUUCAGGAUGAAUCUGUUCAUCCUUGCUAGAUUCCACUUUCACCCUCACAUAAGUAGGACUGAAUUUCUUUGGUCCUCGCGUCGAAUGUAUCAUAGACAUUUGGAAAUUCUUGUAAGACUCUGCGUCCCUUCGUAGAUGUUCUGCUUAGAAAUUGGUCGAAAGAAUAAAAAGUAAUACUUUCUUCGAUUCAAGGCCGAUGUUUGCACAUGCCGUGGUGUAGAAUCCAGUUUCC